GGAGCCGGCACGUUCACCCUGCAGUUCUCCACAACGGCCAAUGAGGGCACGCUACCUACACGCCUCUAGACCGAAGUGGCAACUUCCCUGGGCUGUUCUCUCUCUCUCUCUCACUGCUUUCACUUCACGCGUACGUCGCGCGUGCGUGCGCGUGCGUGCGCUUUUGACGUACCGCAGUCUUCCGCGUAGGCUCACAGGCUCACACACACACACAGACACACGCAGAGAGAGAGAGACACACACGGCAAGGCAUGAACGCAGACUCGCUCCGAGUCUCGUCUCGGAUUCGGCUCGGCUGACACCCCACGUGGAUUCACGCGCACAAUCAGCCAAAGCACGUGGACUUCGCAGAGUGACCCAGGAAUGACUUGACGCUCACACGCAAAGCGCAGACUCACGUCGACUCGGCGCAGGUCACAGGUGGACCAAGAGGGCGCAACAGCAAGCCCCGACGUCGGACUCAACAACGCAGGUCGCACAAAAGUUCGCGUGCGGUGCGCGCGGCACGCGCUCGCACUCCGCCAUAGACUCACGUCACACCGACUUAAAGACUCACGCAGUCGCACGCAAGCUGAGACUCGGUGACACACACACGCACACACAAGCUAUGGGUGACAACACGCAAGCUAAGACUCGGUGACACACACACAAGCUAUGUGUGACAACACGCAAGCUGAGACUCGGUGACACCCACACUUGAGCGUAGACUCGGUGACACGCGCAUUCACGCAUCGAGUCGUCACACAGGCGUCGUCACACGUGGCACGCUCACAACGCCCGUCGCUCCCCAUCUCGCUCGCGUCAACGCCUCUCAACACUUCAUCAUCACAGACUCACACGCGCCACGCUCACAGUUUGGCCCUGAGCCUCCCCUUACAAAGCAGCAACUCCUGUGCACACGAGGAAGAACGGCGCUGGAUCAUCAUGUAGAGGGGUAGAGGGGGGUGUGGUGGUGGUUGGUGGGUGUGAUCGUGAAGAUAAUUCCAAGUUCGGGACGGCUAAACCUAACUUAGAAACAGACACGGUUACCGUCACAGACAAGCCUGUCGAUUUUAUAUAUGUAUAGUAAAAAUAUAUUAUAUAUAUAGAGAAAGAGAGAGCUCGUGGAACUUAAAUGCGUAGCCAUGGACGGAGAAGAACUGAACUCUGCGUCGGAGGAGCGAGAGAGCAGCGGUAGCUCCUCGGCGGAGUCGCCGGAGCAAAGGCGGCGUCAGGGGGCCACGAUGCCGCGCAACGCCUCCUCCUCCUCCUCGUCUCCCUCCUCGUCCUCCUCCUCCUCGGAGGGGUCUCUCCGGGCUGAGCUGGAGCGGCUGAGUCGCGAGCUGGCUUCGAGCAGCAGGGAGAAGGUGCAGGCUGCCGAGUACGGCCUGGCCGUGCUGGAGGAGAAGCAGGCGCUGCAGGAGCGUUGCGACGCGUUCGAACAGGCGUACGAGGCGAUGCGCGCAGAGAUGGACCUGCUCAAGGAGGCCCUGGGCCAGAUGUACUGCAGUCAGCGGCAGACUGUGGCGGAAGGGGCGACGCGCGAGGAGUUCCUCCUGGACGAGUCGGCGGGGAAGGACGCGUUCUACCUCUCAGAGUUCCUGCGCCUGGAGGGGGAAGUGCGUCACUCGCGCACGACACUCAGCAACGCGCAGGCCGAAGCCCAGCGGCUCGACUGCCUCACCCUGGGCCUCAGCGAGAGCGUCCAGGAGCUGCAGUCGGAGAGAGGUCUCCUGCGGGAGGAGCUCAAGCAGUACAAGCUCCAGGAGGCCCGGCUGCUGCAGGACUUCAGCGAGCUGGAAGAGGAGAACAUCUCCCUGCAGAAGCAGGUCUCCACUCUCAAACAGAACCAGGUGGAGUACGAAGGCCUCAAGCUGAAAAUCCGGCAGCUGGAGCAGGAGGUGGAGUUCAUCAACAGCCAGCAGGAGGAGGCCCUCCGCCUCAAGUCCAUGGCCGAGAAGCAGCUGGAGGAGAGCCUCGAGGUGCUCGCCGCGGAGCGCGAGCAGAAGAGCCUCCUGCGCAAGGAGUUUGCCCACCUCUCCGGUUUCGGGGACGGGGCGAUCGCCCUCGGCGUCCCCCCGGCCGACGCCUCGUCGCCGGAGCGGCCGGAGCUCGACGACGACGCGACGACGGCGAACGGCCACGUCCCGGGGGCUCGCCAGAUGAAGGGGCGUUGCUCGCCCGGCGAUCGCCGGAGCUGGGACGGCAGGGCGCCAGCUCCCGGCGUCGUCUCGGAUCUGCUGAGCGAGCUGCGCUUCACCGAGAUCCAGAAGCUGCAGCAGCAGCUUGCGCAGGUUGAAAUGGAAAAUAACGGUCUUCAGGCACACCUGCAGGAAUGCCAGAAGGCCCUGGCACAGACGGAAGAGACUCUCAGCAAUCAGCGAGAACUUCUCAACCAAGUGACUCAUUUCAAGGGUGACAGCAAUGGAAACGUGGAGAACGGAAACCGUGGAAUUUACCCGGCCGCGCCGGAACAUUCCGUGGGAAACCAUGGGACGGACGGCGUUAACGGCAAAGCAGCGCGGAGAGACUGCUCCGACGGGGAGAUCGCUUCUCUGCAAGAAAAACUCCUGGACCUCGAGUCGCGAGAGGGCAACGUCGCGGAGAAGCUGUCAUCGAUGCAAGAGCGGGAGAGGAAACUGCGGGAUCUGGUGAAGGUGACGCGGCAGGAGCUCAACGCGGCCCAGGAGGAAUUGGUGCUGUUCAGCGAGGACCUUGCCAACAUCUACAACCGCGUGUGCAUGCACAACAAUGAAAUGCCCGAGCGCGUCAUGCUGGACUACUACAAGAACGGCGGCGGAGAGGAGCCCAGCGCCGUGGAGGGCGACGCCGACUCGUCGCACGACGGGCCGCCCGGCCCUCUCCGCCCGGCCGCGAUCGCCGAUCCUCCCGGCGGCCCCGGCGCGGUGCCGCCGUCCCCGCUGUCGUCGGUCCGGGCCGAGCCCAUGGGCGUCGGCAGCCUGACGGCCGUCAUCCGUUCGCAGGCGAGCCGCCUGCAGGGCGCCGUGGAGCGCGCCCUCGAGGUGUCGUGCCAGCGGUCGGCGGCGCGCGACGAGGAGGCGCUCUCCGCCGGCAAGGACAAGGGGGCGCUGGCGCAGGAGGUGCUGAAGCUCAAGUCGCUGCUCAACACCAAGCGCGAGCAGAUUCAGACGCUGCGCAUCGUGCUCAAGGCCAACAAGCAGACCGCGGAGGGUGCGCUCUCCAACCUGAAGAGCCGAUACGAGAACGAGAAGUGCCUGGUGAUGGAGACGGUGGUCAAGAUGCGCAACGAGCUGAAGGCUCUCAAGGAGGACGCGAUCACCUUCUCCUCGCUGCGCAACAUGUUCACCACUCGGUGCGACGAGUACGCGUUGCAGCUGGACGACAUGCAGCGCCAACUGCUGGCGGCGGAGGACGAGAAGAGGACGCUCAACUCGCUGCUGCGCAUGGCGAUCCAGCAGAAGCUGGCGCUGACGCAGCGCCUCGAGGACCUGGAGAUGGGACGGCCGGAGCACGGCCGGCACGCUCACCACCCCGGCCACACCAAGGUGCGCCCCGGGCCACCUUCCUCCCCUCUCCCACCCGAGCAUCGGUGAUCAUCCUCCUCCUCCUCCUCCUCGGUGAUUGAUUUCUCACGAGGGGUCUGACUGGUUGCCGGGAGCACCGUGGCGAGUGGCCACAGCCAUGGCCGUAUUAUUCAAGAGACCGCGGUAGGCACUGUGCCUCGUGCCUACGAAAACUAAAGGACCUAUGAAAAAAAAAAAACGUGACCAUGUUUUUUGUUGUUGUUUGUGUGAUAAAACAUUUUAACCAACAUAUUUUCUUGAAAAAAUAUAUUUACAUAGCAAGAAUAGGCACAGUGAAUAUACAAAGAGGCAGCAUAGUCAUGUCAAUCGUUUUUUUUUCAUAAGGUGAGAGAAAUUAACACAGGAGCAAUAAGAUCUUAAAAUCGUUUUUCGUUGUGCAAUUUCAUUCUCAAUCGGGAGUAGUGCAAGGGAAGACAACGCGUUAUCACUGAAGUUAUCACUGAAGUUAUCACUGAAGUUAUCACUGAAGUGCCUAGGGCCUGCAGGAACCUUAAUUAUUUUCUUCGAUUCCAUGAAUGAGUUUUUGGUAAAUGUGGGAGGAAUCCGUAGGAACCAGAGCAAACCAGGAACAUCGCUGUGGUAUGCGAGGGGGUGGCAGGCAGCAUCCUCACGUCGACAGCACCACAUGUCAAGCCCUGGAAGCCAAUCACCCAUCCAGAUUAGCGCGCAGGCUUUCGCGACCAAUAUUAUCCAUGAUACAGUUGUUUUGGGCUAGAUCGCACAAAUAUAAAUGUGUCGUUAAACCCGCCACCACCGACACAGCCAAUUAGUAAGGUUUGUCACGUAAACAAAACAUGCCAAUUAGUUACUAGUUGAGCACACCGGUUGUGUGUUGGGAGAGUAAACCCACGACAACAUAUACAAUUCGAGGACCGUGACAUUUCGCCGUUAAUUACAACAACCGGCAUCAUCAGGCAACAGGCAGAGUUGUGGAGAAGGCCUCUUCCUGCUCCGGUCUUAAAUAGAUACUUACCAGACCCGACCCAGGGUGAUUUGUUCGUACGUUUAAGCCGCGAUGCAGGUUUCAGCAUUUCGCGGACAACUAACUGUUGCUUGUGUCUUUGACAGUGCUGAGUGGCCAUCGAUGAGGUGCGAGGGCUCUCAGACUUAACAGCACAAAGGUCACGACCUUCGUGCUCCGCCCGACGGUUCGUUGCCUCGGUUGCAGAGGCUCGCGCGCUUGGAACCGCGGACGUUGAAAGAGACCCCCCCCCACCCCCGCUCCGUGAGAUUAUUUGACAAAGGGCGGGCCUCGAUUGCCGGCGUCACGGCCCAAAUGAGUCAAGUGAGAAGAAUUACCUUGCAAAUGACUCCGUCGGGAGACACGGCAGCAGUGAAGUUGCCCCCCACCCACCGCGAACGUUAACAAGACCCUGCUGAAGAGUGUUGAGACUCGAUGAAGCAUGCCAGAGUUGACUAAGUGUGUCAUUUUUCGUGCAAAUAAAUAAAUCACGAACAAUUAUCCGAACGUACCAAAGACGAAGGGGCUACUGCAUUUUCCUGCAUAGAUUUCAAUAUUGUUUUUAAUACGUGUAAGAUAUAUAU